AUGUAUUCUUAUCCAGUCCUUGACAAUGCUGUUUACCAGCAACAACAACAACAACAGCAACAGCAGCAGCAGCAGCAAGCAGUACCAACAUAUCAACAUAGAUUGCAGCCACAUCCUGUUGUGCUUGGACAACAACGAAAAGAACCGUUACCCAGUGCGACAGAUGGAAAACCCAACAUCAACCUGAGCAUUACAGAAAUAGCAGAGUUUUCGUCCACGAUGGUGUACCUGAUGUGGCAUGCCAGAAGACAAUCGGUCAUGGACUUACACAGCUGCUCCAAAGUGGAAGGUGUCCUGACCAGAGAUAGUAAUUUGGAACAGACCAGAGUUACAGCAGAUAUGGCUAAUAUGACGAGUGCAGCCUUUAAAAAGUUUUGUCGACAAAUACUCAGUGCAACCCAAUUAUCCGAAUCCGUCGUUCUUCUCUCCCUGAAAUACAUUGCCAUGCUAUUACAAAAUAAUCCCAACAUACAAGGUGCCGAUGGUUCCGAGUACAGAUUAUUCACAGUGGCACUCAUGUUAGCCAACAAGUUUCUGGAUGAUAAUACAUUCACCAAUAAAACAUGGUCGGAAGUGUCUGGCAUGAAAGUCAUUGAUCUGAAUAUUAUGGAACUAGAGUUUCUGGAUGUGCUAAGAUUUAAGCUAUCCAUUCAAAAGGAAGAAUACGAACGAUGGAGAACCGCCUUGUUUGGUUUCAGAAGUCAAUUAAUGGGUGUGCCUGUCGAAAUACAACGACAGAAAUUAAUGGAGACCAUGGCUUUAUCCGUCGGUCCCAACACCCAGCAGCAACAUCAACAGCAACAUCAACAGCAACAUUUACAUCAACAUCAACAGCAACAUCAGCAUCAACAGUGGUUACAACCUGCUAUGCAACAACAACAUCAACAACAUCAGCAGCAGCAUGUUGCAUCGCAUAACUUUUAUCUCUUUUCCAAGGCACAGCAACAGUUUCCUAUUCAACCUAAUUUUAACGGUCCCUUGACUAGAGUGCCUUUAAGAAUCCCUACACAUCCAGUCUAUCAUAAUGUUCAGACGACGCCGUCUGCACCUCUCUAUGAUUCAUCUCCUUCUACUCUUCAACAACAGCAUCGCUAUUCUACCGGUCCAAAUCGAAGACCUGCAGUGAUUACGGAAACAAAUGGAUAUGCACCUUAUCAAAAGCAAGUCCAACCACCUCGUACACAACAAACACCCACACCGUUUUCAACACCUGUGAGUAAUGGAGCAUUCUCCAGAAAUUACUCUCAGCAACAACAACAACAACAACAGCAGCAGCAGCAGCAACAGCAACAGCAACAGCAACAACAGGUAAAUGUAGCACCCGUACCCUCUGCAAAUACACGAGCCAGUCAUCGUACAUCGUCUUUACCUCAGACAGGAGGACUUGAUUUAGCAGUAAAGAAUUCUUCCUAUUAUUAUGCUACACCUUCUACAACGCCUACGACCAACAAUGUGUAUCAACCUCAUGUGCAAUUGAAUUAUCCGACUACCACGAGCUAUUAUGUGGAUCCUAGUAAUCCAGGUACCACGGCGACAGCAACAGCAGCAGCAGCGACAACAACAGCAGUAUUACCACCCGCUACACCCUCACAACAGCCAACACCGACGACGGAUUAUAAUCCGUACGUUUCUGCAGCUGCAGCUGCUGCUGCGAAUGAAUAUAAUCGACCCAUCAUACCAAGAUCUACAUCGUACAAGAAUGUGCAACCAAGAUCUAAUUACGCACCAACACCCCAUGAAGUGAUUUACACGCCUCAACAGCAGAGCUAUCAUGGUCCAACCAUGGAAGAUCCACUCACGGCUAUUGAAUCUUAUCGAACAAAAGUACGAAAUUAA